CUCCUUUCCGUAUAUAUACACAGCCCACCACUCUUCCCUUUCUCUUCAUCUUCAAUAUCUCUUCGCUCUUUUCUUCAAGCUGCUAAUUUUUCCUUCGACGUCUCGGGCCUUCCAAGUUCAUAAAGAAACCAGUGUCGUUUCAAAUGGCAACGAGAAUGGAUCUCGAUGGGAGGCCAAUAAAGCCAAUAACUAUAUGCAUGAUCGGUGCCGGAGGUUUCAUUGGCUCUCACCUGUGCGAGAAACUGAUGUCGGAGACGCCGCACAAGGUGCUCGCCUUGGACGUUUACAAUGACAAGAUCAAACACCUUCUCGAGCCUGACUCUCUCCCUUGGGCUGGCCGUAUUCAGUUCCACCGACUUAAUAUCAAGCACGAUUCUAGGCUCGAAGGCCUCAUCAAGAUGGCAGAUCUCACGAUAAAUCUGGCGGCGAUCUGUACUCCAGCUGAUUAUAAUACUCGUCCACUUGACACGAUUUACAGCAAUUUUAUCGAUGCACUUCCCGUGGUGAAGUACUGUUCAGAGAACAACAAGCGUCUGAUUCACUUCUCUACUUGUGAAGUAUAUGGCAAAACUAUUGGAAGCUUUCUUCCUAAAGAUUCUCCUCUACGUCAGGAUCCUGCCUACUAUCUUCUUAAUGAAGUUACAUCUCCCUGCAUUUUUGGUUCAAUCGAGAAGCAGAGGUGGUCUUAUGCUUGUGCUAAGCAAUUGAUUGAGAGGCUCAUUUAUGCUGAGGGGGCUGAGAAUGGCCUUGAGUUCACCAUUGUGAGGCCUUUUAACUGGAUUGGACCAAGGAUGGACUUCAUUCCUGGCAUUGAUGGUCCAAGUGAGGGAGUUCCAAGAGUUCUUGCAUGCUUUAGUAACAAUCUCCUACGCCGUGAACCACUUAAGCUUGUUGAUGGUGGUCAAUCUCAGAGAACUUUUGUUUACAUAAAGGACGCUAUUGAAGCUGUUCUCUUGAUGAUUGAAAAUCCAGACAGGGCCAAUGGUCAUAUUUUUAAUGUUGGUAACCCAAACAAUGAAGUCACGGUUCGGCAACUUGCUGAGAUGAUGACUAAGGUCUAUGCCAAGGCUAGUGGAGAACCUUCACUUGAUUCGCCAACAGUUGAUGUCAGCUCCAAGGAAUUUUAUGGCGAAGGUUACGAUGACAGUGAUAAGAGAAUUCCUGACAUGACCAUAAUAAAUAAACAACUUGGUUGGAACCCGAAGACAUCCCUGUGGGAUUUGCUUGAAUCUACCCUAACCUAUCAACACAGGACUUAUGCCGAGGCUAUUAAGAAAUCCAUUGCAAAACCUAGUGCAUCCUAAGGAGACUAGAAGUUUAAGCCACGGCUAAG